AUGAACAGACCGCCGCAGGGCCGUGGUCAGUCACGGGUGGGUGCGACUUGGUAUCCAGGGGGCCAAGAUGACUUCUACAUACCAGAGGUCAUCUCCCCCUCCCCUCAAAGGGUAAUGCCUGAAGUCCCCGAAAACAUGCAGGACAAUAUCGCGCAGUUGGAGCACCAUGCUCGUGAACCCCGCCGGAUCCCACAGCAGCAGCAACAGCAGCAGCAACAGGGACCGCCACCAGCUCAGUACCGCGCCCAAUAUCCGGAGCGUACCUCCUCCGCCGCUCCCACGCAACCCCAACAACAGGCUCAGGCUUAUGACUAUGGCGCCUACGCCCAGUCCGCGACUUAUGACAGCAUGGAUCACCCCAACUUCUCACCUUUCCCCGUACUGCGGAAUCCACCCUCAAAUGUCCCGCCAACCGACGAGCAGCGUGAAGCUAAUCUAGAGCGCGCUCGGAUGGCAGUUUUGUCAACAACUGAUCCGGAGAUGCAAUUGGCAUGGGCUCAGGAUGCCUUGACCUAUGUGGAAGUGGCGGCACAGAACGAAGCUCGUCUUUCACUCACACAGCCCCCGCGACCGCAUACCCCUCAGGUGGAACGCCAAUUGAAGACCGAUGCGAUGAAUAUCGUUAGUUUCCUUGCCGAGCAACACCACCCUAAAGCCGAGUUCAUUAAGGGAAUGUGGCUAGAGUUUGGCAAGUUCGGUCAUCGGGUAGACCGGAAAGAAGCCUUCCGAUGUUACUCUCGAGCUGCCGAGAAGGGCUAUGCGCGCGCCGAGUACCGCAUUGGUAUGCAAUUCGAAAGCUCAGGAGAACCCGAGAAGGCAACUAGACACUAUGAGCGCGGUGUCGCGAGGUCGGAUUCUGCCUCAUACUAUCGGUUGGGAAUGAUGAUUCUACUCGGUCAGCAUGGCCAACGUCAGGAUUUCCCAAGAGGGUUGGAGUACAUCCGACAGGCAUCGCAGUCAUGCGAUCAGAAUGCUCCACAGGGCGCCUAUGUCUAUGGUAUGCUUCUUGCCCGAGAGCUUCCCCAAGUGAGCGUACCUGAAUCAUUUCUUCCUCUUGAUCUCAACACCUCUCGCGUAAAUAUUGAAAAAGCUGCAUACCACGGAUUCGCCAAAGCUCAAGUGAAGAUGGGCGCUGCGUAUGAGCUGUGCCAACUGGGCUGUGACUUCAACCCGGCGCUGUCUCUGCAUUACAAUGCCCUAGCAGCUCGCCAGGGUGAGCCCGAGGCAGAAAUGGCCAUUAGUAAAUGGUUUCUCUGCGGACAUGAAGGCGUGUUUGAGAAGAAUGAUGAGCUUGCAUUCACCUACGCUCAGCGAGCUGCCCAAAGUGGUCUUCCCACUGCCGAAUUUGCCUUGGGAUACUUCUAUGAAGUUGGUAUCUUCGUUCCUGUCGACAUCAAAGAAGCUCGAAGCUGGUACGCAAAGGCUGCCAAUAGCGGUAACAAAGAUGCAUCUGGCCGAAUCGACAGUAUUUCUCGUUCCAAGACUCUUUCCAGGAAGGAUCACGAGAAGGUUGCUAUCUCCCGUAUCAAGUCCACCCGAUAUGUGGCACACCAGCGUGGUAACUCUAUGGACCCAACUCCGGAGAACAUCGAGAUGCCUGAUCCUUCAAGAAUGACUCUGUCCGACCAACCCCCCGCUGCAGCUCCUUACCCUGAUCGAUCGACUCCUCGUCCUCGACCCGGUCCCGGCGGCCACCCAGGUUAUCAACUGACUGAUUCUCGGCCAAGCUCUGCAUUCGGUGUCAACCCCAACCUACGUACGAAUGUCCCGCCAGGCGGUUACGGUGGCCCACCAGGAGGCCCUGGCUCUCGAAGCCCAUCUUAUGGGCCAGGUCAGGGUCCCCCAGGCCAGAUGAACUAUCGACAGCCCGGUCCUGUUACCCCCGUAAGCGCACCAGCGGGACCUAUGAGCCCUCAGGCUGCGAAUAUGAUCAGUCCGAAUGGAACACCCCGAGUGGAUAUCGGAUACUCUGCGCCAAUUCCCCCGCCGGGUGACCGAAGACGCCCCACACGACUUGAUGCGAUGCCUCCAGACCGCAAGCUGAUCCGCACCCCUGUCGGUGGUCACCCUGGGCCAUUGCCUUCGCCUCGCACUGCAGCAUCCCCUCGGACAGCCAGCUCCCCAUCUUCUGGCACGUUUCCCCCCCGCGCGGAAUCCCGCCAGCCAUCUCGGGGCUCGGCAUCCUCUACUCCUCAGCCCCCAUCUAGUGCUUCAUCCCAGAAGCCUACACCAGCUCCAUCCAAGGGCCCCAAGACCUUUGAAGAAAUGGGCGUGCCAAGUGCCAAAAAUGAUAGUGAUUGUCUGGUGAUGUGA